AUGAAUGAAAUGACACAUUUAGUGGAGAGCCAACGGAAGCUUUCCUCCUCCUUGGGGUCCCAUCAAGACGUUCUCCCCUUUAUUUCAGCAGAUGAUAUGCAGGUAACUGAGAAUGAAGGAGAACAUUGUGCGAUGUUGUCAGCGGAGCCUGAGCACAAAGAGAUGAAUGAGAAUGUUAUACAGGGAACUCAGGUGGAAGAGAGACCCUAUCAUUGUAGCGAAUGUGGGAAAAGCUUCAAACGCAGGUCAAACCUUUAUGAACACCAAAGAGUUCACACAGGAGAGGCCCCCUAUUUAUGUAUGUGGUGUGGGAAAAGCUAUAAGACCAGCUCAUCCCUUAUGAGGCAUGAAGGAAGUCACACGGAGAGAAGCCCUAUAAAUGUGAAGAAUGUGGAAGAAGCUCGGUCAUAA